GUUUUGUGCUCUCUCACACAUCAACACUUUAAUAUUCUAUUAUCUUUAGGGUCCUCUCCCUGUCAGCAUGUGGUCAACAGAGAGGCUGCGGGAAGCCCUCCCCAACAGCAGCAUUGAGAACACCACGGCCGCACACGACUGGACCCAGGUGUAUGAGGUGGUGCGCUGGAUCCAGCUCAGCAUGGCUCUGCUCAGUGUUCUGGGCUCAGGCUCCAUCAUCGUGUGUGUGGCGCUGCAGAGACUCAGCCGCAGGCCAGAGCUGCAGCCUCUCCUCCUGCUCAGUGUGUCCGACCUGCUUCUCGCUCUCUGCUGGGUCCUCGGGGCAGCGCUCUACUCCAAAGACUGCAGCGCGCACAUACUCUGCUAUCACCUGCACACUGUGGAGCAGGUUCUGUACAUGGCGUCCUUCUUCUACACGCUCAACUACGUGUUCAACCUCUACAGGGGGAUCAGAGAGCAGUACUACAGCUGCAUGGACGGAUACGUGCAGGUUUCCAACAGAGUGAGCACUGCAGGUCGCCUCGCUGCGCUGCUGUCAGGGCUGCUUCCUGUGCUGCUGAUGACGCCUGUGUUCAUAGAAGGGAACCUCAGCCAUUGUGAGGCCAACUUCAGCGAGCCCUACAGGUGCCUGCUGAUGCACACCGGGGCGCUGUUCCUCACCGCAGAGGAGCAGCAGCAGCCAAUCAGAGCCUGCCGCGUGCUGCACACCUACCGCAGCGGCGUCUUCCUCACCACCUUCCUCCUCACCCUGCUCAGCGUCAUAGUGCUGGUGGUGACAGCUCGCCAGAUUUACCGGCGGGUUGUGACGUCUGCAGGUUACCUGGGCAACCAGCAGAGGGCGAGCUUCCACCUGAUGGAGCGGCGGAUGCUGCUCUACCCGCUGGUGUUCGUGCUCUGCUGGGGUCCAGCGGUGUGUCUGGCAUCUGUCCGGCUGGUAAGUCCUGCAGCGGGUCAGGGCGUCGUCGGGGUCGUCCUCUACGUCUCCGAGGCGUUCAGCACGGCCUCUCAGGGUUUCUUCAACUGCCUGCUGUACGGCUGGACUGGAGCUCGUAUGCGCCGCGGGGGGAGGGCGAUGUUCUGUCGAGACGUGGACACCCAGACGCCUCUGCUGCGAUCUCAGAAGAGAAGCUACCGAACCCUGAGAGACAUCUGAGGCAGAGAGGGAAGAGAAACAGGCGUCUCCAGAGAGGGAAACCCCGCGGCUGCACGGGGACAGGACUCUCCCUCUGAUCCUGGAACACUGAGGCGAGGAAAGAGGAAGAGGGAGAAGCGGGGGGGUUCACGACACACAGAAAACAGGAUGUGAGAGCCGGCUGCAGACCUCACAGGUGCCGCUACCUGUCACAUGACGCCUGUUUCAGCCGCUCUGACACAAGAGGAACCAGGCUGUGGACCAGAGGGACAGACAAGAGAACACUUUGAGUAGUUGUAGUAAAAAACACAAGGCAGCUUUACUCCCAUGGCACGUUUCAAACAGCUCAAACACAAGAAGCAGAAGCCCCCGCUCAGAGGAGGGAGGCGCUCCCCUGACACUCAUUGUUUACAUUUUGCAAAUAAAAAAUGUGUCCCGACCUGAAAAUCUUUCGCUGUUUGUUGUUGACUGUGGGGGCACAGUCUGCAGGGAUGACUUCCCCCCGUCCUACCCCCGUCCUCGCUCUGCAUUCCUGCUGACCCACCGUGCAGAAAUUGUGACGCACGGGCUGACCUCGCUCAUUAUGGGAUGCAAAAUCAGAGUGAGGACACCCAGGCCUGCUGUGGGCGUUGCGCCAGAACCUGCAGGAGAACAGUCCCUCUUUACUCCGACUACCGCCCCUCUGAAACCCAUCCAGGACACGGCUCGAUGUUUGAGAAUAAAUAAUAAUAUCAAAUAACAUUCCAUUGAAUUCCAUUGAAUUCCAUUGAAUUCCAUCGAAUUCCAUUGAAUUCCAUUGAAUUCAAUGGAAUUCAAUGGAAUUCGAUGGAACUAAAUAACAAUAAAAGGAUUCAACAGAAGUCUGAGUUCAUGAUGUCACAGUUCAUACAGUAAAUGUGAUUAAAAGAUGGACUUGAUUAAAGAAUAAAAGACAUUAAACUAAACCGAU